AUGCCACCACCACCCACCUUCGGCACUACCGCCCUCACCAUCACCCACCUCCUCCAACGCAACAAAGCCGGCGCCCGCCUCGGCCAUCUCGCCCUGAAACUCGACGAUGAGCACGCCGCCAUCCUCGCCGAUUGGUGCGCCUUCUACCAGCUCGACCGCUACCAUAUGCCCGACGCCACCAACGUCCUCUAUCUGCUGCGGAAAAUGAACUACGUCCAGCGGCUGAACGAGGAAGGAGAGGUGUACGAGGUGGCGUUUCGUGUCGUCAAGAUCCUAGUCGAUCGAUUCAAGGGAAAGAAGCCGAAGGGAAAGAAGCCGACUGGUCAGGCGGUACGCGCGGCUGAUGAUCAGACUGUGGAGCUUUUGGCGAGGAAGGUGGCGAUCUUGUGGAAGAGGCACAAUGAAAAGGGAGAGGGAGAGGAGGAGGAGGAGGAGGAGGAGGAGGAGGAGGAGGUAGGCCUAGGGAUCAAGCAGGGCAAUGAUGAUGAGGAUAGUGAAGAAGAUGGUGAAGGAGAUGGUGUAGAACAUGGUGAAGCUGAUGAUGAAGAGGCUGAUGACCAGAACGGUGAUGACGAGGACAUUGCGGAAAACGACGUGUCCUCUCGUAUUCGAUUGGAAAACGUCUACGCCUCGCCUGCCGCUAUCCAGCCGUCGGUGGUUACUCCCCGCAAGCCUCUCACCGCCGCCGCACCCAAAGCCUCGACCGAGCCCAAGGCCGCUCCCAUCCCAAAGAAGCACCACGGUUCGUCCUCCUCCUCUCGUAUUCGAUUGGAAAACGUCUACGCCUCGCCUGCCGCUAUCCAGCCGUCGGUGGUUACUCCCCGCAAGCCUUCCACCGCCGCCGCACCCAAAGCCUCGACCGAGCCCAAGGCCGCUCCUAUCCCAAAGAAGCACUACGCCGCCCGAACCCGCUCCUUCUUCGGUACUACCCCUCCUCCUCCGCCGCCCACGGUUCAGCCGCCCACGGUCCACCACCUCGAGCCGGUAGCAAAGAACGAGCUUCAACACGACAAGGGUAAGAUGAUGGCCUGGACCGCGCGGUGGAACCUCCUUGAGGGGCGACGCGAGGUGUUGGACAAGGAGAUUGAGGCGUUGGAGGACGAGGCUGGGGAGUUGAAGAGGGUGGUGAGAAACAUGCAGAGGGAGUUGGUUUUGUUGUCUUGA